AUGACCGAGAUCAAGGUUGACAAUACUCCAAGCGUGCUGUCUAUACCAUCAGACCCGGAGAAAGAUGUUGCCCCGGCUGGUAACGGAGAGAUCACGGGCAAUGAAUAUGUCGAUCCCAAGAUUGAGAGGUCUUUGGUCCGCAAAUUUGAUCUUAUGAUCCUACCCAUGUGCGCUCUUGUCUACUACACUCAUACACUUGACCGCGCGAAUUUAGGAAACGCAAAGACUAUGGGCCUUGAGAAAGACCUGAGUCUUGUGAAUAACGAAUAUUCGCUUGUUCUCAUUCUGUUCUAUAUUCCUUACGGUCUUUGCAAUAUUCCUGCAGCUCUCCUGGCCAAACGCUUCAACCCUGCUAGAGUGAUCCCAAUUAUGAUGGGAACUUGGGGCUCAUUAUCCAUGAUCACUGCUUCCACGAAGAAUUUCGGCGGACUGCUAACAGUGAGAAUCCUUAUCGGCGUGGUCGAAGCCAGUUUUAUGCCUUGCGUGUACUUGUAUUACUCGUUGUUUUAUACAAGGAAGGAACUUGCUUUGAGGACGGCAGCUUGGGGAUUCACCGGUUUCAUUGCUGGCGCAACUAGCGGCUUGAUUUCAUGGGAUGUGUCUCGAUGGCAUCGGUCUUUAACCGGCUGGCAAUAUCUAUUCCUCAUUGAAGGUGGCAUGACCGUUGGCCUCGCGGUCAUAGUCUUCUUAGUUCUGCCCCGUGAUACGAACACAAGAUGGUUCACCGACGCAGAACGACGAGUUGCGCAAAUCCGCUUGCGUCGUGAGUCCAACUUGGAAAGCGCUGGUCAGAUUUCUUGGAAUGUCGCUUUCCAGGUUUUCCGGACAUGGCAGGUCUGGGCUUUUGCGGCAAUGGCUUUUCUCUGUGGUGUUGGUGUCGCGAGUGCUUCUAAUUUCCUUCCGACAAUGGUCAAACGUAUCGCUCAAUCCACGCCUCAGGGUAACCUAUACACCGUCGGUCCGAACCUUGUCGCCGCCUUUGUGCAAAUCGUUUCCUCAUGGCUGUCCGAUCGUUAUCAACAACGUGCCCUCGUCUCAUUUUGCACCCUGCUCGUCUCAAUGAUCGGAUUUAUCUUGCUCGCCACUCUAGACCUCGUCAAUCAUGUGCAUGUGGGCUAUUUCCUUACCUACAUGAUCACUUUUGGCACUUACAUGCCCGAAGUCCUGAUGCCACUUUGGCUAAGUAGUAAUUUGACAAAUGCUUCUUCGCGAGCUGUUGCAUUGGGUUUGUUUAUCGGCGGACUGAACAUCGGCGGUAUUCUGUCGAGUGCUGUGUUCAGGAACCAGUACGCACCAGUGUACGCACCUGCUCUGAUCACGGUGGCUACUUGUCAGGGGCUACUAUUGGUGGCGCUGAUUGUCAUGAGACAAUAUUACGUUCUCCAGAAUAAGAAGCUGGCUAGAGGUGAAAUAGAGCGGCCCAAGGAAUUGGAGAACAAUCAUGACUUCCGGUAUGCCAUAUGA